AUGGCAGAGCUACAUUGUAGUGCAGCCUAUCGGGUUUAUGCCAGCAGCUACACUUCGAUAAAAAAUCUGGAGUCUGUGAAGCUCAAGAACGGAAUCCAUGUCGCCCUGGCCUUCGCCAGAGAUUACGAUGAAGAUGGGAAUCCCACUAUGGGAGACUUCAAGUACUAUUUCAAAAAAGACGAGCUCACUCCUACCAAGAUCAAAACAUUCAAGCAGAAGUCAGUUUCCAAAGUCAAGUUCUUCCUCAGCAUCGGUGGCCGUGACGAGAAAUAUCCCUUUUCCGUCACCUCUUCCGAUAAAAAAACCUGGAUCUCGAGUGCCACCGAAUCCCUGAAAAAGAUCAUCCACCAAUACAACCUUGAUGGCCUCUACGUUUACUACCAAAACAUCAAUCCCGACGGGCAAGGUCAGUUCAAGGAUGCAGUAGGUGAGGUGAUACAGAACCUGAAAAAUGAGAUGGCGGGCGACUUUCUGGUUUCCAUCACCGUGUCCGCUCCUCUCAGUGAUACUUAUUACUGGCCCUUGCACGAGGCCUGCGAAAAGUUUAUUGACACUGUGGUUUACCAGACCCACACUUGUUCAACUGUCAUUAGAACUUCGCAGUCCCUCAAGGACGUCCUCGACAAUCUGCCUUAUGCCAAAGAGAAGCUCAUCGCCGGGUACAGUAGCUCCCAGCCCUCGGACUGGACCAACGUCCCAUUGCCCAUCUUCCUUGGUUGCGUUCCUCACCUGCUCGACCAAAAGCCGGUGACCGCUUCUGGGAUUUCCAACUGGAUUGUGACCAGUGAUGAUAACCUUGAGAACUGA